AUCAAGCAAUUAAUCCAAGUUUGAAUUUCUAUUCAUUCGACAUCAAUGGUAUUUCCAUGAAUAUCACACUAGAAGAUGUUCUUUUCAUAACCGGGUUACUAGUUUAUGGGAAACCCGUUAUCUCAGAUACUAGCCGUGAUGAAGAUGCAUUCUCAUCCAUAUUUGGGAUAAAUCAAACUACUGUUAGUAUUGCUAAGUUAAAAGAAAUUGCAUGUGGGGAAAGGUCAGAGGAUAAGAAGAUGUAUGUUGUACUGUUGAUGGUGAUCACUUGCAUAGUGGUCCCAUCAGAGGAUGGACAUAGAUGUUGCCCCUCAUACGUUCAAUUCGUUAAGAAUUUGGACGAUGUGAACAGCUAUGCAUGGGGGGCUGCUUUACUCUCGUUCCUAUAUAGUGGGAUGAGAAAGUACAAAAGUCGAGACAAGAAAUAUUUUGAUGGGAACGCCUGGGUAUUAUUGAGUUUUUUGUUGUUCCACAUUCUGAAGUUGCAGCAAGAACUUCAAAUUGACCUCACAAUGCAGCCGCCAACACCUGUGUUAUUUUCGGCUAUGAAUUCAUUGGAGAAGAUUGGUCGAGACCAGUAUUCAACAUAUGUGUCGAAAGUAACUGCUUUGUUAAACUCUGGAUGUCACGGUAAGGCUAAAUUUGCUUCUAAAUUUAUUUUAACUUGAUCUGGCAGUCUUCUAAAUUUUAAUUUAAUUUUUUCUAUAAAACAGGAUAUUAAGUGGCACCCAUAUACAAGGGAGAUGCUGCCUGCUAUGCUCCAAGAACAAAUUCCUUUCACCACCCGUCUAUCACCACUGUUCUGCUUCAACUAUGUGGAACACCAUCUUCCUCAUCUUCUUGCUAGACAAUUUGAGGUGUUGGAAGGGUUGAAUCUUGAUGUUGCUCAAGAUUCUCUUCAACCAAUCGCUUUCAAGCAUAACAAGGGGAAACAUGGGUCUAACUUCCAAAAGCACUACGAAAAAGAGCUCUCAGCAUGGAACAGGAGGCGCAUUUUGGCUCUGGAGCGGACCACCUCCCCCACCCAGAUUGUUUCUCAAUCUUCUCCGGAGCCGCAAGGCCCCCCCACCCAGGUGCGUCCAGAGGUUAGUAUUUCAAUCCCCCAUUUUUUUAGGUUUAAUAGCACUUUUGGUCAUUGCCGAUGUUAAUGUUUAUUCUGCUUUUCAGGUUCAGAACCCCCUGACAACCUCCCCCACCUAGGCGCGUCCAGAGGUCAGUAUUUCAAUCCCCCGUUUUUUUAGGUUUAAUAGCACUUUUGGUCAUUGCCGAUGUUAAUGUUUAUUUUGCUUUUCA